CACAGAUUGUCACGAUGGCUCAGGCACGAAGGACUCUUGGUCAUGGAAGUCAUCAAACUUCUAUCACGAUGACAUAAUGGACAUAACGUACACAGAUCCCACAUACAUACCUAUGUAUUCACUAGACGGAAUUUCUCAGUCUCUACUACAGAUUGCAACAAGCAUGUGCCAAUCUUUAAACAUUUCUGAUAACGAUUUACAAAGCUGCAUAUUCGAUGUCGCCAUUACCAAUGACACGACAUUUACUGAUCAGGAAACUUUUAAACGAGGCUGUCCAGACCAAUGCUCAGGUAAAGGGAGAUGUAUCAAUGGAACAUGUAAAUGUAUCGAAGGUUGGACUGGGAAGAGUUGUGACAAAGGCUCUUGUCUGAACUGUUCAACCAUCCAUGGCGAGUGUGUUAAAGGAUUUUGUGUCUGUGACCUGGGCUGGGAAGGACGAAGCUGUGAACUGGAAGCCACUUGCUUUGGAGUUAACAACUGCACUAGCCCUGAACACGGCAGUUGUAAAACGACAGAUGUUUGCCAGUGUAAUCCCGGCUAUAUAGGUACUAACUGCAGUAUUGUUCCUACUUGUUACGAUGUAUCAAACUGUUCUGGCAAUGGAAUCUGUGUGGAUUUCGAUGUAUGCAAAUGUAAUACGGGAUGGACUGGAAGCAAUUGUGCUCAAUACUCUUGCGAACGAUUGAAUUAUUGUUCUGAACACGGUAGCUGCGUGGCAUUUGACAAAUGCACCUGUGAUUAUGGCUGGACCGGAGUAAGCUGCGCCCUUCCUGACUGUGAAGCUGUCAAUCAAUGUUCAAAUAAAGGAGAGUGCAUUUCCAGCGACAAGUGUCGCUGCCUUCCGGGGUUUAUUGGAGCGGAUUGCGGUCAGAUGGCGGACUGUAGUCAUCUUGCAAACUGCAGUGGCCAAGGCGUUUGCGUUUCCACCGAGAUGCUGAAUGUGUCUUGCAGUUGCUAUCUAGGUUUUACUGGAGAGAACUGCAGUCAGCCAACUUGCACAACCGUGAAUAAUUGUUCUGCCCAUGGUGCGUGCGUGGAAGCCGAGUUCUGUAAAUGUGACUUUGGAUACAUUGGAACUGACUGCAGUAACUUUUCUUGUGAGGCUGUCAACUAUUGCUCCGGAAAUGGAAAAUGUGUUGGUUACGACCUCUGCCUUUGCAAUUCCUCCUGGUCGGGUCGCGCAUGCAGUGUUCCUGAUUGCAGUGCUGUAAAAAAUUGUUCUGGCCAAGGAGAUUGUAUACUACCCAACGUUUGUUCUUGUUAUCCAGCUUUUGAUGGCGAAUACUGCGACCAGAAGGCAAAACCAAACAUCAAUCCUCCAAGAUUUAACCAAACAUUUUAUAACGCGGCCAUUAUGGAAAAUUCUCCUGUAGGAACAGUGAUUUUACAAGUAAAAGCCAACGAUACAGAUUUAGGAAGAAACGGUCAGAUAUUUUAUGCCAUACUUGGUGAUGAUAACGUAGAAAGUAUUCUUACCGUUGGUGGACAAUCUGGAAAAGUUUACAACGCAAAGACGCUGGAUUUUGAGACAAUCGAGAUGAAAUCAUUCAACGUGACCAUGGUUGCUGCAGAUAAUGGAUAUCCACAGAAAUCUGGAAUCGCCACCGUACAGAUAACAAUAGUGGAUGAAAAUGACAAUUGUCCAACCUUCAUCGAGCCACCAGGAGAUCUAAAACUAGAAUUCCUUACACUCAUUCCCGGAGAUACCGUAACCAAAGUUUCUGCAAUUGACUUGGAUAGUGGAGUAAACAGCGACAUAACUUAUAGCCUAUCCAAAAAUGACGCGUUCUCUAUUGAUAACAAAACUGGUGUGGUUACUGUGGUGUCCGACUUGACAGAGAAAGUUCAUCGUCUCAUUGUUAGUGCAAGUGACAACGGGGACGUUUCUUGCAUAACAGACAUCAGUUUGACAGUUGAAAUCGGCGUCUCCCCAACAACAAAGCCCCGCACUACACCUACCACUCCCUUCACGAACAGGAAACCUGAAACCUCCAGUACAUCUACCAUUCCUGAGACCACGGCGUUCACAGGAGCGACCACUUCGCAUGUACCAACGGAGGCAGGCGCGGAUCCCCAGGAAGGUCCAAAUUAUGCAAUAAUUGGUGGGUCUGCAGCUGGAGGAGUACUGCUUCUUUUGAUUGCAGUAGUGGUGAUCAGAAAAUGUCUUUGCAGAAACAGCACAUCUUCAGAAACUACGGGGAGAUGGAAUGCUGGUAUGGAUUUUGAGAUGUCUUUGAGGAAGUGAGAACAUUUUAUAUCUGAUGACAGGUUUCAAAAUGAAAGUUUGCCUUAGAGAGAAAAAAUCUGAGAUAACUUCUUGGGUUACCUGUGGUCUCAGUCCUUUACUCGUAUACACAGUAGUAAAGAGAAGC